UAUUAAUACUACAGCUUAAAGUAGAAACGUUGAGAUGAAAUUAUACACAGAGAUCGUGUUACAAGUACUAAACCACUUAAACAAACUCUUACUCAAAACUUCCUUAUCGUUUGGCCAUGUUUAUUAGAAUGAAGACAACCACGAAGUACGGAGUUAUGUAUCGAGCAUUGAUAUUUCUUAGUUUGGGAUUAGCUCAGAUAUAUGAUGGAAUUAGUGAUAUGGAGCCAUGUCAUUUCAAUAAUGCAACAUGUGCGUGUAAUCGACUGGAAGAAGGUAUAGAAGUGAAUUGUAGAAAAAGACGUUUAGAAGAAAUUCCAAAAUUCGAAACAAACGUGAUUUGGAUAGACCUUAGUCAGAAUCAAAUUCAAAGUAUUCAAUCAAAUGGAUUGCCAAAGCGUCUCACAUAUCUAGAUAUAUCUUGGAAUGACAUACAAAAUUUAUCUGGAUAUCCAUUCAGGAAUCUAACCGAACUUCGUUUCUUAAAUCUAGAAGGGAACUUUAUAAAAAUAGAUAACUAUUAUGAAGGAAUGUUUGAACAUUUAACAUCCUUGGAGACAUUAAACAUGAAAUGGAAUGAUAAAGAUAUGAAGAUAAAUGUAAUACCUGAGCAUGUUUUUGCAGAACUUCGCUCUCUUUCGAUUCUCAGAAUUGAUGGACCCAAAAAUGUAACUUUCGGAGAAAGAUUUACAGCUCUACAGCAUUUGAAAGUAUUGGACUUAUCAGGAAUGUCGGGAUUUUGUAACCUUGUAUAUGUACGAUACGACACGUUUGAGAAUCUUCCAUAUCUAAGGGUGUUAGAUAUUUCCAAUUGCAGUAUCCGGGAUAUUGAUGAAGGUUCAUUUAGUGUAUUGCCUAAUUUACAGUAUUUAAACAUAUCUUAUAAUCGUCAACUCGGUUUUGCGUCUUUGCCGAACAUCACGAUUGAUUUAAACAAAACGCAGAUAAAAACUUUACAGUUAAAUGGAAUCAACUGUAUGAUGGGGGUUGGAACAGAGAUCAAAUGUCAUCAUCUUAUUCACCUUAAAGAUACAAAUAUUACAGAAAUAUCUGUGGCUAGUAAUCGGUUGGAACUUUUUGAAGAAGGUGUGCUUCGCAAUUUUCCUAAGACGCUACAGAAAUUAUCAGUAGCUGAAAAUAAAAUGACCAUUGGUAAUUAUCUUUUAGAAAUGUCAUAUCUAAGAAAUCUUAAAGUUUAUAACAUCAGCUAUCUGAAACAUUCACCAUUAUUUCCAUAUUCGGUAUUUGACACAUGUAAAGAAAAAUCUGAAUCAAGGGAUGACAAGGUAUUCACAUGUCCCAAAUACCAGUCACCUGGGUUUGAUGAGAAAAACUUCAUAAAAUUUGAAACGUUGAAUUGGACGAUUAACCUACCUGGGCAACUUGAAGAAAUCCAUGCUCAUGACAGUAAGAUGUACUUAGACAUUCCCGAAUUUUCAAUUCAUGGCCCAAGUUUGAAAUAUCUUUAUUUCCAAAACAAUUUUAUUUUUUCAUGGAAAGGCCCAGUUCAUGCACCAAACAAUACUCUCAUAGAAAUGGACAUGUCCAACAAUUUCUGUGCACAUUUUAAUCCACCUAUACUCAGAGAUGGACAGAAAAUGAGAAAGUUAAAUCUGUCCUUUAACGAAAUUGGAAAAGCACUCGAAAAGGAUAUUGAAGGACAAACAUUUCAAUCUCUAAUUAGUUUGGAAAACUUGGAUUUAUCCUUCUGCAAGAUUUCAUCAUUACCUUCAAAUAUUUUUCGAAAUGCUCCUAAACUAAUGUAUUUAAACAUAAGCAAUAAUCAAAUAUCAAAAUGGACGGUCAAUAUGUAUCAUUUCAAUAAAUUGAUACUUUUAGACUUAGCUGAAAAUAGAUUACGAACCAUUGAAGAAGGUUCUCGCAACCAAAUGAAGACAACAUUCCAAACAACUAAUCUAAGUGUUGACUUAUCUGGAAACCAUUUGGAAUGCUCUUGUGAAAAUAAAGACUUCUUGAUGUGGGUGCAAAAUAAUAAAGAUCACUUCAUAAAUAUCAGGAAUUACAUUUGCUAUGAAAACAAAUUAAAAUUUUCAUUUAAAAAUUUAGAUGUGUCUGUGUCCUCUAUGGAGAGGGAUUGCAGAUCUUUCAUGAUUUGGUACAUAGUGGUCUCUGUCUUUUCGGCAGUUUUUUCAAGUUCGAUUAUUGGAGUUCUGCUGGUGAAAAACAAAUGGAAAAUUCGCUACCUUGUUCACAAAUCAAAACAGAAACUUCGAUUCCGAGACCGUUUGAACAGCCAUACCUCCACUAGUAUUACAUAUGAUUAUGACGCAUUUCUUUCGUACGCAAGCACCGAACGGACAUUUGUUUUAAAAGACGUGAUGCCACGUCUGGAGUCCAACUCAAGUAUUCGUCUUUUAGUGAGAGACAGAGAUUAUCUUCCUGGGACAUCAAAAUCGGACUGCAUUAUGAAUGGUCUUCAUGAAAGUAGAAGAGCAAUUUGCAUCGUUUCUAAAAGGUAUUUAAAUUCAAAGUGGCGUGACUAUGAAUUGAAUAUGGCCAAAGUGGAGGGGAUCAAAGACCGUGGACGUCUGGAUUUUGUCAUUCUGAUUCUCCUACCGGAAGUUUACAACGGUGGGUAUCCGAGUAAAAUUAUGGAUCUGGUGAAGAAAAACUGCUAUCUUGAAUAUCCUGAAGAAUCUUGUGGAUAUGAUGAUUUCUGGGAGAAACUUAUACAAAUUCUGACAAGAGGAGAUUAAGGAUUUAAGAACAUAUAUAUAUCAAAUUCAAAUUAUCAUCUUUUUAUGAGCUGUUUGUGCAUGUAUAAAACGUUUGCAAAUAUCCCGUUUUGUAUUUGAAAAAUGUAAGAAUUUUUUAAUUAAACAUAACAAUAAUGCA